UGAAUUUAAUACAGAUACGGCUCGUUUAAGGUGUAGAAAUAGCACGUUUCACGUGCAUAAAAUUUAUGGAGAUGGAAAUUGUAUGUUCCGUGCGCUCAGCUAUAUUCUUUGGCAAAAUGAAGAAAAACAUCAAUAUUUGCGUAACACGGUUGCUAGACAUAUAAAAAAUAAUUGGCACGAAUAUGGUCCUUUCGUAAUGGCCGAAUGGAAUAUAUCAAAUCCUGAAGAAUAUUACGAACACAUGAGAAUGAUUGGGACGUUUGCAAGUGAGCUUGAAUGUACGGUAGCAACAAAGCUUUAUAAUAUGAAUCUCGCUAUAUAUCGUGAAAUAGAAGGCUCAAAUGAAUUAGAACGUGUUUUCUACAGUCAUGUAAACAAUUAUUAUCAGACUGCUAGCUUGCUCUUCACUGGACAUUCAGACAGCGGUCAUUACGAUAUUUUACUCAACGAUUAAAUAUUGUGUAUUAUAU